UUUGUGAAUGGUGGCGUUGAUGGGGUUCGAUUCUUGAAACCUCAAGCUCUUGGUGUCUAAAAAUGGCAUCUUUGCCUUCUUUUACUCAAUUUUGUUCUUUGCCCAGGUGGCACUGGAAUUUGUCUUUGUCAUCCUCAAUAAACCUUGUACAACUACCGGAUGUUCGAUUGCGUGGUAGAUUUGUUGUUACAGCAACUCCUAGGAAAAAAGUUGCAGAGAAAACAUCUGAUGGAGAAGAGGAUGACUCCGAAACAAAGACAACCCGUAAACGAGCCCCAUCAAGGAGAAAGAAAAAGGCUGUUCCAGAGGAGAAUUUGGUACUAGAGAGUAGUAUUAGCAACACAGAUGAAGAGACAUCAAUGGCUUCCGAGUCAACCGAGGUUCCUGAGAAACCACAAAGAAGAACUCGAAAAAAAGAAAUUGCACUUGCCUCUACUUCAAGUAGCUUAGAUGAAGAACCAGAAAAGAAGGUUACGAGGCGGCGGCGUAGUAAGAAAACCAUAGAUGAUACGAUAGAUGAAGGUAGUGAAACCGAGCUUAGUGAGCGUGAGGACGAUACCGAUAGUGAAAAAGAGCUAGAAUUUGAUGCCUUUGGUGGAGAGGAUAUUAGCAAUACAUACCUUUGGCCCCCUCUAGUUUGUUGCUUUGGAUCGGUUAAGCCUGCAUUUGUGCCAUCGGGAAGGCGAGCCAAUAGACUUAUAAACCAUGAAGCAAACGAAAGAAUGGAGGAAGCUUUAUGGAUACCGGAGAAGUUUGUGCGAGCCCCCGGAAGCUGUGUAGGCAACGUUGCAGUGUGUCUUGCUAGAUUAGGAAAUAAUGCCGCUUUGAUGAGUAAGAUUGGGAAUGAUGAUUGUGGACAAGCUAUGUUGUAUCACUUGAAUGAUAGUAAAGUGCAAACUCGAUCGGUUCGAAUUGAUGCAAAACGAAUGACUGCGAUGUCACGGAUGAAAAUGAGCAAGAGGGGCGGGUUACGAAUGACGUGUAUCAACCCGUGCGCAGAGGAUAUGCUUACGAAGUCUGAGAUCAAUAUCGACGUGCUUAAAGAGGCAAAGAUGUUUUACUUCAAUGCAUUCUCUCUUAUUGAGAAAAAAAUGAGAGCAAGUGCUUUGCAAGCGAUCAAGAUCUCGAAGCAGCUUGGAGGGGCGAUCUUUUUCGAUCUCAACCUACCGUUGCCACUAUGGAAUUCUCGGGAAGAAACUCAGUCGAUUAUUCAAGAGGCGUGGGAACUUGCGGAUGUGAUCGAGGUUACUAAACAAGAACUUGAAUUUUUAUGUGGGAUUGUGCCUUCUGAGAGAUUUGAUACCAAAGACAACCAUCCGUCAAAGUUCGUUCACUAUGGUCUAGACGUCGUUGCUCCAAUCCUACACGACAAUCUCAAAGUUCUUUUCGUCACAAAUGGGACUUCUAUGAUUCACUACUACACCAAGGAGCACAAUCGUAUGGUUCUUGGAACCGAGGAUAUACCCAUCACGGCUUUCACUUCUGACAUGUCUGCAGCCGGAGAUGGCAUUGUUGCAGGGCUUUUGAGUAAGUUGGUGGCUCAGCCGCACCUGAUGACCGAUAAAGAGUAUUUGGUGCACAUCAUCGAGUACGCCAUUAACUGUGGGGUUAAAGAACAAUGGGCUCAAUCGCGGAAACUAGGGCACCCUCCUAAAGCGGGCGUGGAUGAUGAAGAUAUCUUGUUUGAUCCCAAUGGUUACAGAAGCAUCUCGGAAGAAGCAUUCCGCACAUAUUACCCUCCCCCAAGUGAUGAUUUUGAUGGUGAUGAAGAUGAAGAUGAAGAGGUGGUCAUUAAUGAUUCAGAAGAAGAAGAUGAAGGUGAUAAGAUGGAUGAAUAUGAUUCAGAAGAUGAGCCAAUGCCCAAACUCACUCAGCCAAUUGCUGCUUAACCAAUGUCUCAUUUCUGUUUUCCUCAAAUUGGAUGUGUGCAAUUUUGUCUUAUUUAAUCAGUUUGUCUUGCUGCUUCAAACCUAUAUCUCCGUCGAAAAGUAGGGUUUAGGGAUGGGAUGUAUACGGAUUUGUCGUCUGCUUUAAAGGGUGAAAUAUUGGCUCGUGUACUAAUGUUUUGUAGUAUUAUGGGUUUGCGUUGGUUCUUGGAACGUAUACGUCACUCGAAAGUAGGGUUUGAAGGUAAAACGUAAGUAAAUUUGUCAUCUACUUUAAAGGGUAGGACAACUGUUUUC